UCGAGGCUCAUUAAAUACUACCCGUAAACUUGCGAAAAUCUGGCAGCACAUAUAUGCUUUCGGUUAUUUAAAAUUUAAUAUGGCCGCUGAUUUCCCGUUGUAAUAAUUCGCACGUAAUUUUUCUAGCCGGUUACGCGAACCAAAUUUCGACUUUUUAUAACUUUAACCCUCAUUGAAAAAUAUAAUUUGAUUUUGAAAUGUUACGCCGUUUGGGUGAAGAGCUUGAUAUAUUAACUUGCCCCUAUAACGUGGCACAUCAAAUACUUCGAUGCCGUUUUCAAGUUCACCUAGUUAGGUGUCGAAAGUCGUAUCCAGAUGCUGAAGUGGUUGUGUGUCCCUUUGAUGUAACACAUCGUAUUAAUAAGCAAGAAUUAAAUUGGCACGUUAGCUCAUGCCCAAAACGCCAAUCAUUCGAAGUAUUCAAAAGCAAUGAAACUCCUACACAAGGAGUAACUGCUUCCAUUUGUACUUCAUUCGAUAGCGAAGGGACACAACAUAAUUCUACGUGGGAAACUGCAAAUACAUCAUUUCAGCUAGAAACCUCGCAAAAUUGGGACAAUUUACCGAAUGUACCAUCGUAUAAUCCUAGUGCAUAUGCUGAAAAAGCAAAUGUAUUGCGGGCUCCUGUUGGUAUGAAACCAGCUCAAAGAGCUGCUUUUCGCAAUGCUGAACGAAAACGGCUACAGAAUUUAUAAAGCUCUAUCGUCAAAAAUCACAUAGAGUAAUUUUUAAGUACAAGUUUUUCUAUAUCGCGUUAGUAAUAACACAUUGAAGUUCUCUGAAUUUUCUUUAUUUAAAAUGAAUUGUUUUUAGUUUUCACUUAAUAAAUUCUAAAUAUAUACUUGU